CAGAUCGGAGGUAUAGACCAAACAAUAAAUAUACACAAUGGACACGACCUCAUCAGACGGUUGACUAGUAAGCAAACGGUGGGACUCUUUGUGCCAAUACUUACCAAUGAAAAGGGAAAGAAAUUCGGGAAAACCGAAGAAAAAGCUAUUUAUUUAAAUGAAGAGAAAACCUCUCCGUAUAGUCUCUAUCAAUUUUUCAAGAAUCUGACGGACACUCAAAUUCAUGAGUACUUUAAAAUAUUUUCGUUUCGAUCGGAUGCAGAGGUCGAGCAGAUGUAUCAAAAACAACUCCGGACUCCAAAGCCGUGGUAUUUGCAGGAGAUUUUAGCUGAAGAGGUUACACUUCUAGUUCACGGAGAGGCCGGCCUCUCAUCAGCAAAGCGAACGACUGACGCCUUAUUUAAUAAAGACGUGGAAGUGUUGGCCGAACUGAGCGAAUCGGAAAUGAACGAAGUGUUUGAAGGGGCGCCCAUCUCGUCGCUCAUAUUCAAUCCAAAUGAGACGACAGCCCUCGAGUUAGCCAUCAAAGCCCAGUGCUUUACAAAUGAAUCCAAACAGCCGCACAAACACCAGAGGAUCAGCUCAUGGAGAAGCAAACCCUAA